GCAAUCCCCUUCAGAGAAAAAGCCCUGUAUCAGAAUUCCUGCUGUGAUAUGGCUGAGGUAUGUGUGGUGAGCAUGCACAGUACACACUCUGCAGAGAUGUGGAAGGGAGUCUGCAACCCAGGGAGAGAAGCAGCUGGCUAAAAAGCCAUUCCAACAAGCAGUCAGCUCCAUCAAGGUGGCUACUCCUGAUAGAAAUUUCUGUUUCAGAACAGUUCAUGUGUAUACAAAGACAAAAAGCAUAGGUAUGAGUAGCUAUACCCUAGCAUAAAACCAGCUGCUGAAUGACUGUAGGCUGUUAGAGGCUCCAAGAAUGAGAUCUAACACCAGUACUCAGAUUUUAGAGGGGAACUGGUUGGAUUUACGUUUCUGCUAGCAUAAUUGCCAGUGUGCAGUUCAAGCUGUGCCUGAGAAGAAUAAAUCAAUGCUACUUUCCUUGGAUGUUUUGUAAAUAAAUUACUCCAGAAAAUACCCUGACCUUGCUUCAUCAAUUUCUGUUUUAUGGGAAGUGAGCCACUGUCCUUAGGCAUUGGCAAAAGUAUGUGAGUUUGUAGAGUAUCUCAAGAGAAAAAGAAAGAGCCUGAAUAACAAUGGACAAAACAUACUAAACAAUCUGCCCUGACUUAAUAACUGGAAACAAGAUAGCCACCACCCACAAAGAAUAUUGGGUGUUUUAGGGGUUUUGGAUGUUCAGAUCUGGGACAUCAGUUUAGGUUCAGAUCAGGAAUGUUCUCAAGGGUCCAAAUUAGCAAACCAUUUCUUCUCAUCAUAGAAGACUUUGGCAUAAGAACCACAUAAUGGAAAGUUCUUAGCUUCUCACUGGGUCAAGCAAUGGUAUAGGAAAACAGAGACAGUCUGCUAGUUCUAGUGAAACUCUGGAAUUUUACUGUAGUGAAAUAGAGGUGCAACAUAUAUAAAAAAAUUAUAACAAAAUGCCCAUUCCAGGAAUUCGUCUGUGCCUCACGAAGAAAGUUCUACAAAAAUGUCACCUCGGUGCUCAGUUGAUGUCACAGGGUCAGGUGAAUGGAAACAAGAAGAUAUUAGGAAAGAAUAAAUCUGCUUCUUUGAGGUGUCAAACACCUUGAGAACUCUGCAUUUGUAGUUCCCACAGUUAAUUUUAAUAGGAUGCUAAAAUGCAAAAAGACUCAGAGAACAUCACAAGGACAGUUUAUAGGCAGAAAACAAUGUCAGUAUGAGUAACAUUUAAAUAGAUAAGCUCUGAGGGGACAGUACAGGACCUCUCCUAUGGUGACAAUUUGACAUGAUGGUCACUACAUCAAAUACAAGAACUAUGAGGCACCAAAUACUGUUAGUAAAAAACAGGUUCAAGUCAAACAUAAACAGGUGAUUCCUCACACUGGCAAGGCUGGUCUGUGUUAGAUGUGUUAGAUGCUAGCAGUUUACUGUUUCAAAGAAAAAGCUGGGCAAAUUCAUGGUAGAGAACUUUACCAGCAGGUGUCAAGUGGGAAAAAAUGGAAAAAAAAAGCCCAACCAAACAACAAACCAACAACCCACACCCAAUACACUGACUUACAAUUCUCCCAGUCAUAAAAUUGCUUAGGAAACUAUUCUGAGAGAACAUCACUGUUUAAAAAUUGUUAAAUUUUUCCCCAGAUUUUUCCCCAAUUAAAGACCAUUGCCAAUGCCGACAGCAAUCUACAAAGACCUUGAACAGUACUCCAUCCAUUCUUGUGUAGACAUCUUUGUUUAUAGCUAACAAACCCUUCUAAACAUGAGCAUCAUUUUCAAUGCAAUUGCUCAUAUUUUAAUUUCAUAAUGCUUCACUCACUCUCCUUUGCCCUCCCUUUCUCUCUUUUCAGAUUAAGGAAAAUCCAGAUGGGGUGCAGGUGCUGCAAAAUGAUACGAAGCUAUAUUUUUGAACCAGAAGAAGUACCAUCAUCUGGAUGCAUUCAUGAAGUAAACAGCUAUAAACACAAUGAACAAGGCAGCAAUAAAUCAAAAUUCAAAGAGAACAGUGAAAAUGAAAAACCCAAAAAUCAACUCCAGCAGGAUGAGGUAAACAAAACAGAAAAUAAAAACCCAGUCAACAGUAGAACAGAAACUCUCUGGAAUCACAGAGGCAAUAAUUCUCAAGAGGAUGGCCUUGUGAAGUGUGCUGCAAAGCUUGAUGUUGCAGUCAAUGGUGGCAACUCCUGUGCUCAGCACUCCAUGCUCAACCCCAACACAAGCCCAGUGAAAGAAGCCAGUGAAAAGGGAACCUCCAGCCAGUCAGAGGCUUCUCCAGCCAGCAGUCGAGACUUUUACGCCAAGUCAAAUAGGUCUGGACAAGAGCUUGACCUAGAGACAGGCAGUCAGAGUAAGGCAGCCAGCAAUGUGCCUAACAGUAUUCCAGACUCCCAGUCUGCAGGAGACAGCAUCUUUCUCAAAGGAAACUCAAUAGUGGAAACAGAAAACAACACCAUAAGACUGCCAGAUAUUGAUUAUGCCCAAAAUGGCAAUCAAACUGGGAACUAUGUUGAAAAAGACAGCUUUUCAGUUAACUGCACACAUUCAGACCAAAACACUGGUGCUUCAGCAAUACAGGACCAGGACCUUCAUGCAAUCCCACCUUGGCCUGUGAAAGAGAGCAGUACUGAACCUUUUAAAACUGACUCUGAAAGUUUGAGUGAGAGCCUUACUGGUGGCAUCACUGCAGUGGCUGUCACCAAACUCACACAGGCACACACACACACCAACCAUAAAGAUGUCAAUGGAGGAAUUGAGGAGGAAGAUGCAGAAGUUGCAGCAGCUCUGGCUGCACUGGAAGCUGCAACAGCAGGAGAAGACGUGGAAGAUGAUGAUGAGUACUAGAUGGUUUCUUUCUAACAUACUGGGUAAGAUCUAGAUGUUAUUUCUGGAUCAAUAUGAACAGAUAUACAGCACACGUGGAGAGCUGUUAUGAACAGCAUAUAUAAAAGGAGUUGGGACUAAACCUGGGUCCCUUCAGCUGUUUUAUACAGCCUUCUUAUUUCUACUGCCUGAGGUGCAGAAGAGUCCCCUUGACUAAUGGUAAUACUCUUCUCUGUGGGCCCAAACAGGUGGGCAAAGCAUCAUUUCUUCCACACAUAAUAUUCAGUUAUACACACACCUCAUCUGCACUCACGCAAGUGUUUCCUUUUUUUCCUCAUGAGGGUCUGUGCACACUGCAUGCUCCAGGUUCACAAAACUCCCAUUAUUUAAAAUAGGACUAUUGAAGCCAUGGAGUUAGAAACCACAUAUUUUCAUCAUUAGCAGAAAAAAAACCACAUAAAUGAGCCAAAGUUCUAUGAUCUACUGAAACAUGAAACAGGGAAGGCAGCUUGGACUGAACUUUACCAUGGCUAUGGUUCCAUUAUGGAUUAAGCCUAAAUCUGUACACGUGCACCUGGCAUUGGAAUGAUAACAUCAUUUUUCCCCACAAACCUCUCUCUUGACUGUAUUUGAUACCCCAAGUGUUGCUGCUUCUGUUCCCUAAAACAGCAGAAGCCCAGACAAAUCCAAGAGAGUGGGCAACUUUCUGUUGCUUUAAUGUGCUAAAGCAGCUUAUGUAAGAACUUCACACACACUAUCAGGGAGGCCAGAGAGAUCAAAACUCAUUCCCUACUAGUUUGGAUGGAUUAAAACUGUUGUAAAAUGACAGCCUGAAACCUCCGAACUCCACUAAAUUUUCCAGGUGCAUGUCACCUGUCUUCACAACACAGUUUUCAAACAGAUUGUGUCUCAAACAUCCCCAGCAAGUUGUGUUUUGUUUAUAUGAAAACAGCAAGAGCCAAUGUGGACUCCUCCUCAGCUCUGCUGUAGUGCCUAAAUUUACAUCAGGAAAGGGAUCGACCUUCCAAACUGGAUUAAGCAUAAGAUUUGAAAGUAGUUGCAUUCUUGGAGGGCUGCAUUUCUAAUGGCAGAAAAAAAAGGAGUUAGAGACCAAUCUGGGGCUGCCAAUUCAGCAAAAGUAUGGCUGAAAUAGAAAGUGCUUAAUAUUUUAUACUGAAAUUCUGUGGUUUCCAAGUUUUUUGUUAUAAACUCCUAAUAAAUUUUUUAACCAUAUAAAAAAUAAUCUUGUGGUUUUUGUACUUCAUGCAUUUUCUGAAUACGAAAGUUACAUUUAAGAAAUUCAAUAAGAUAUAGCCCUCAUUAGAUACACGAAAAGCACCGACAAAGUAUUUGCCUACUGUGUAUGCUGAUAUUGAUUUCUCAAAACAUUAAUGAGUAGGAUGGGUACCUAGGAGCCCUUAUGGUACCCAGGAGUACCUAGGAGCAAUUAAAAACAACCUAGUCUCAACUUGUAGAGAACUAUAUCCAGCUACAGGCAAGAGUCACAACAUUGUAUCUGUAAAAUAAAAAACUUUAUAUGGUUUUAAAGCAUUGUAGUAUUCUUGACUUCUCUACCACUUUCCUAUUUUAAUAGGCCCCUCUAAGCCUCCUCCUAAGUGCACACAAGUUUUACAGAUCCGUUUGUCUUCUGAAGACGACUACAGUACCGAGAGUUGGUGAAAGUGGCGGCACAUUGCCAAUAACGAGUUAGGCUCAGUGUCACCAGUCCUGACUG